CUCUCACACCUCUCCCCCCUCUCUCAUCUCUUUCGUCCUCUCUCUCACCUUCCAUCAGCAAUAGACCGGGCGGCGGCGACGGUACCAAGCUUUGCGGCGCGAGGGAGAGGAGCUUGCCAGACAGCCGCACAUGGAAGGAGGAGCUCGUCGGCCGGUCGUGCCCGUGGAGAGGACCUGGCCGGCAGGGGUGCACAUGAGGAGGAGAUCGCAACCGUACGUUCGCACACAUGAAGGAGCUCCCAGCGAGUCGUGCGUGGGGAGAAGAGUCGUCGGCUGGCCAUGCGCAGGGAAGGAGCUUGCCAUCCAGCACCGCGCGGGGAGAGAAGCUCCCGGCCGGCCGUGCAUAUGGAGAGGAGUCGUUGACCGGUUGCGCGCGGCGGAGUUGCUCGCCCGCCGGCCACACGGGGGUGGGGAGGGGGGGGAGCUCGCCGACCGGCCGUGUGCUGAGGAGGAGGUCCCGGCCGGCCACGCGCGGGAGAGGAGCUCGCUGGCCAGCCGUGCACGGGGAGAUAGUUGUUGGCCAACCAUGCGUGGGGGGAGCAGCUCGAUUGCCGGUCACGCCCGGGGAGAGGUGUCGUCGGCCGGCCACGCGGCGGGGAAGGAGCUCGCCAACUGGCGCCGCGCAGGGAGAUGAUUUCCCAGCUAGCCGCGCACGCGAAGAGGAGUCGUCGGCCGGCCACCGUGAUCCCCCUCGGCCGUGGUACCGUUUGCAGCGCCCAAGCACGUGGCUGUCCACCCCAGACCUACCAGAGAAAGAGAUAAGGAAGAAGAGAAGGUUAAGAUGGUUGACAGCCGGCGGCUGGCGGCAGAUGGCCCGGCCACUGCCCACUCCACUCCGCCGGCCACACGCUCACCCGCCGCCGUCCGCCACGUGCUCGCCCGCUUGCUCCAGCCGCACGCCGCCGCUCCGCUCCGCCGACCGCGCGCUCGCCCGCCGCUUGCUCUUGUUUCAGAAUGGAGAAUCGAUGGCGAUGACAUUCCGAUGGAAACACAUAGUAGCUUAAAGCCUUGUCUUCAGAUGGUGAUCCUUGACCCUUCACUUUGAGGUCAAUCUCAAAUAAGGGGUUAUCCAAUAGAAGAAUUGCACGGCUAGGACCUGAGGCCGGCGGGGCGAGUCGGGGUGUGAUGAGCUUAAAGGCGGUGGGCUGUGGUUGGCGGUGAUUGGGGAAGGAAAUGGGGAGGCUUCGCCUCGCCUCGCUUCCCAAAUCUCACAAACUAAAAGCUAACGGCACUAACUCAUGGACCGAAAAGGAAGAAAUUAACGCGGGUUUGUGCCGUGUAGAUGUUUAGUACCAAAAAGACUGAGUGGAGGUCUUCUGCAGUACUGCACUACUCACUGACAUGUGGGUCCCAUAGACCGAGCAAUGCUGCACUUAGAGAAGGUGAAGAAGCAGAUCCUCGGACACCUCACUCCCCUUCCCAACCGGCAAACCCUACUUUUCCGGCGGCGGCGGCGGUGAUGGAGUCCGGCCAGUCUGGUGACGGGGCUAGCCACGGCCACACGAGUACGGUGGUGGAGACUGCCAAGGAGGAAGCGCUCGCCGGCGGCUACGAUGAGGAGGAGGAGGACUGCACACCGCUACCUAAUGGGCUCAUAUGCUCGCGGCAGAAUUGGGAAACGAUGUACGGCAAAUUCGGUGCCUUCGAGGACGAGACGGAUGCUUCUCCAAUGAGGAACACGGAUAGGCCAGUGCCACCAUAUUAUCUGCCAAUUAGCAUGAUGCAAUUCUUCUCAGUGAAGGUGAUCGAGAUCAUGGGAGGUCUCCAAUGGCCACUCCACGUCUAUGGUAUCGUUGCUACGCGUGACUCACAAGAUAACAAGAGGAACUUCUUGUUUCGUUGUGAUAGAGAGCACUGCCAGACCCUUGCCUCACCACAGGAUUCAUGUUUGAGACUUACACGUCCUAGUCGAGCUAUUGUAAUAGUGAACCCUGUAGUUGUUGAGGUUGACUUGAAAGUGAAGGGCAGCAGAGGACCCCCAUCUGAAGACAAGGUUUUAAGCGAGCAUGCUUUUGUUCACAACCACACUGGUCAUAGGAUUAAACCUGGCUUUCCUCAUAGACAGCUGGAAUCAACAGAGGACAGCACGAUGGAGUUUGUGUUUGCACAUCUGCAGAGUGCAGUGGAGGCCACCAUCACGGUUGGAGUCGUUGAAGGAUCGCCUGAUUUCAGGGCUCGUUUUACUGCUCGAACUGCUGGGAUUGAUGAGGAUGUGUUGCUUCUUGACUUUCAGGAUGGGCCUAAGGUGGUGGUCGAUGAUGAUGGGUUCGUCGUGCUCCGGCGACGUGUUGUUUCUGUUGAAGGGACAGGGAAGCUGAUUCUCCGGAUGGAGGCUACAGAUCACGGUGGCGAUGACACGGCUGUUGUUAAGGAAGAAAUCUUCUGUGCUAGAAAGACAUCAAGGAGCCAAAGUUACUUCAUGCUUGGGUUUUGUAAGCUGUCGAUCAUCAUCGCCUGGUCGUUACUUCCAUAGAUGUAGCGCCAGUUUAAGUCCUUGCGUAAUUGUGUGUAUUGUGUACUAGUAGUACUGCUUUGACUAAGCCAGAUUGGUGUGACUCUGGGUUCUUACUAAAGAGCAUCUCCAAAAGAGCAAAUCAGGUGAAGAAAAAGAUAGGAGUCGAUAUUCAUCUGAUACUAUCUUGGUAAAGAAAAAGAUAGGAAUAGGAGACUAUGCAUUCAUUAUAGGCAAUUAAAUGCUAAGAACAAAUACUCAUUCUUAUUA